UUUAAAUUCUAAAUGUAUUUUUUAUUUUUCAUUAUUAUUUUAUAUCUGAGACAAUACAGAAGUCAUUUUAGGACGGCAGUGACUUCAGCUGAUCAUUUCAGUGAAAAUGCAAUAAAUAGGUUUUGGCUCAGUUUUACUACAUUGAUUGAUGUUUAAUCCUCUGCUGCCAUCUUGUGGAGAAUAGAACGUAUUACAGUGACUGAAAUGUUCUGUAAAAUUGUUAGGAAAAUAUUUAAAUUAAAUGACUGGGAAAAAGACUAUUGAAGUGAAAAACAUAUUAUUGUUAUAACAUUUUAGAGUAUUCUCCUCAAUUAUUAUGAUGUACCUUAAAAUGCAGCAUGUUUCUCAGAUCAGUGUAAUAACAUAUUCAAAUUUUGUUUGUUUUAAACUUUUAUGAGUGAUGAAGAUGUAUUCCUGCAUAUAUGUAUUUUAACUCAGAGCAGUGUGUUUGUGUGUGUGUGUGUGUGUGUGAGUGAGUGAGAUUGGGUGAAAGGUGUUUAUAUGGAUGCAUGUGCUUUAGGGACAGAGAGAAUGUGUGCGAGUUGUUUAUCAGUGUGAGUGUUUGUGUUAGCCUUGAUUAUAUUUGUGUGUGUGUGUGUGUGUGUGUGUGUGUGUGUGUGUGUGAGAUGGUUAUCAGUGUGUGGAUCAGCUCUCUGCAGGUGCAGCAUUAAUGCUGUAUUACACUGGAGUGUUUCCUUUCUCUGAAGUCAGUCUCCUGUAUGUUGGUGUGUUUCUCACCACACUGCUGCGAGCAUCUCUCCUCACACACACACCUCUAGAGACGGAGGUGGAGUUCUGUUCAUCAGUGCUGACGCUCUUUUGAUAAAUAUGGAGAAAGAAAAAAAAAAGCCUCCUCUGAUUUGUCACUGAAAAUGUUUGAUGAUUUCCUCUUCUCUUUCUAAUAAGGUCAUAGUGAGUGUGAUUGGCGGCUGUAGGGAGCUCUUUCUCUCUCUCUCUCUCUCCCUCUCCCUCUCUCUCUUUCUCUUUCUUUCUCUCUCUCUCUCUCUUAGUUUCUUCAGUCUGUCUGGGGGAGUGGAGGUGAAGCUUGUUCUGCUGCUAAGUUGAACGGACUGUGUGCAGGUCAGAGGGAGAUGGACAGCUGUUUGGCUCUCAUUCUUCUGUGCUCCACAAUCUCACUCACCACAGCUGUCAGUGUGAGGUUGGUGGAUGGGGGCAGUCGCUGUGCUGGGAGAGUGGAGGUUUACCGCAGUGGAAAGUGGGGAACAGUGUGUGAUUAUUAUAACUGGGAUAUGACAGAUGCUGCAGUGGUGUGUAGAGAGCUGGACUGCGGAGAGGCUCAGAGUAUUGCUAAGUUUGGUCCAGGAUCAGGACCAACAUUGAUGGGAUUAGUGUCAUGUCGUGGAUCAGAGUCUACACUGAACAGCUGUUAUUUUACUUUAGAUUAUAGUCAUUAUUGCACUUCUCAUGAUCAAGAUGUUGGAGUCACCUGCUCAGAUCACAGAAAGUCCAGACUUGCUGAUGGUCCUGGUCUCUGCUCUGGGAGAGUGGAGGUGCUUCGUGUGAAUACCUGGUCCACAGUGUGUGAUGGUGACUUUGAACAGCAGGAUGCAGAGGUUGUGUGGUCGUCUCUGGUGUUACAUGAGGGGCGAGUGCGGUUGUCUGGAGGGAUGGAGUGUGAGGGGGAAGUGGAGGUGUACUUCAGGCAGGACUGGAGGAGAGUUCUGCUGGACUCCUGGAGUGAGUCUGAUGCCUCUGUGGUCUGUAGACAGCUGGGCUGUGGCUCCAUGUUCAGCUUCUCCAGCUCCUCUCCAUCCAGUCCUGAUCACAGCCACAUGUGUGUGACGGGUUUCAGUUGUUCUGGAAGUGAAGCUCAUCUGGGGAACUGCAGCAGUGCAGAAACAGUCAACUGCAGCUCCAGAGAACAGCUCUUAAUCACCUGCUCUGCUCUUAAUGUAGCCAUCAGGCUGGUUGGCUCUGGGGGAGACUGUGCAGGAAGGCUGGACGUUUUCUACAGCGGCUCAUGGGGGACAGUGAGUGAUGACGUGAGAUAUUGA